UUUACAUUUUCAACGCUUACCUUCCAAACACGGAAUAACAUGUCCUUUGAAACUUGGGAUUUCAAGACAAACCCUGACACUGGAUGAUCAUUGUACCAAACCAAUUCCAUUCUGUCUAAUGCUACUGAAUCUCGCGCGCCAAACAGGCUUGAAGUCUGUCUGCGAGAAUUUUCUCUCAUCUCCUUCAUUCCUCUAUGGUCGCCUUGCUCUCCUCGAUCUUUGACCAUGUCCGCCACCUCUACCAGCAGCGGUGCAGCCGCCGCAGCAGCAGAAGAAGACGCUUUCCGGCCACCUCUCGCCAUGAAUUCCGGUUCAGAGCUCACUCAGGCAUCGGCCUUGACACAGGCCGUUCAUUUCUCAUCAGGAAACCCUAGAAUAGAAGAAACGAGGGGAAUCAUGCACCUCUACUCCCAAGAUUCUCCCUCUGCCUCAACCUCCGAUCUCCCGGUGGGGAGGAAACCGCUUGUUUGCGUGCUUGCCGUUCCAAAUCAUAUGACAUAUGCAGAUUUUUGCCAGUUCUGUGGUUCGUUCAUUCAACAUAGUUUGGAGAUGCGAAUUGUCAGGAAUGAUGGAUUGGAGGAUCGCUAUAGCAUUUUGAUCAGGUUUGAUAGCCAGAACUCCGCGGAUAAUUUCUACCGGUAUUUCAAUGGGAGGCAUUUCUCCUCUUUGGAGGUAGAAGUUUGCUGUGUCCUUUUUACUGUCGAUGUACAGUACACAGGAUCAAUAGAACAUGCACAGACUUCCCUUGCAAGCUCAACAGAACAGCCAACAUGUCCGGUCUGCCUUGAGAGACUGGACCAAGACAUUAGUGGGAUUCUCACAACAAUUUGCAAUCAUUCUUUCCAUUGUUCUUGUAUUUCAAAAUGGACAGAUUCGUCUUGUCCAGUCUGCCGAUAUUGCCAGCAACAGCCUGAAAAGUCAACAUGUUCUAUCUGUGAAUCCUCUGAAAAUCUCUGGAUUUGUGUUAUCUGUGGUUUCGUUGGGUGUGGAAGGUAUAAGGAAGGUCAUGCUAUCAGACAUUGGAAAGAAACACAGCACUGCUAUUCUCUUGAACUGGAAACUCAGCGGGUCUGGGAUUAUGUUGGAGAUAAUUAUGUUCACCGGCUAAUUCAGUCUAAAACUGAUGGGAAGUUGGUUGAGCUAAAUUUCCACUGUAUUCAUGCGAAUGAUGGAUGUGGAAGUUGUGAAUGUAGUGCAGAUUCUGGAAUCAGUGAGGCACUCUUCAACAGUAAAGUUGAAGCUAUUGUUGACGAGUACAAUGACCUCCUUACGUCCCAGCUUGAAAACCAAAGAAAAUAUUAUGAGUCGCUAUUGCUAGAGGUCAAGGAGGAAACAGACACAGAAAUCUCUGAAGCUGUUGAGAAGGCUGUAGGUUCUAAACUUCUGAAGAUACAAUGCAAGCUUGACAAAUGUGCUGAGGAGAAGAAAUUUCUCGAUGAGAUCAAUGAGAAUCUUAUGAAAAACCAGGAGAUAUGGAGAGCAAAGAUUCUGGAAAUUGAAGAAAGGGAACGGAUGGCUGUUAGAUUGAGAGAUGAAAAGAUACUUGACUUGGAAGAACAGCUUAGAGAUCUAAUGGUGUACAUAGAAGGGCAGAAGACAUUGGAGCAGCUGCCUAACUCGGAUGAGAUUAAGGAAGGUACGAUCUUGCCAAUACCAGUAGAGUCUUCUUCUUCAAGAAACAGCAGUAAACGGGCCACAAGAACUAAUAGAAGGAGAGGCUGAAGGCACUGAGAUUUUCUUCAUUGGAUCCUUCUCAUUUUGUAUGAUUGGUUGGUUAUGUUGAUAAGUCCAAAUCUGUCUCUGUUUUUUUCUGAAAAAAUUCUUCUUUUCUUUUUUGGGUGGGUUGCCCUCUACUGUUAUUGGCUGGCUGGGACCCACACAAGGCAUGACCCGUCUCCAACCUUGUGUGAGGUCCUUUAUUUUUGUUCUUGAGAAAUGUGGGUGAGAUUUGUUGGCGAUCAUCAGGCGUCCCCACCUGUGUAUGUGUCUUCGCCUGAAAAUUAUGCCAAUCUGCUCACUCGAUGGGUCCAUUUCUUUC